ACUGCUACAGUUGCAUUAACCAGACAACAUCGUAGAAUUGAGCGUCAGCACCCCACUCUUCACAUGUGCCAAACUCUCAGUCAAUACUUAUUAUCCUUUCUUCCAUCCAUCAUUCACAAUCCCAACAGAUCCCAGUUGAGUGAAAGCAAAGCCAUUCUCAUUCUCUGAGAAUGGCUAACGAUGAAAGCUUUAGGCACUCCCUGGAUCAGCUUCCUCCGGCUGUCUUGUGUACCAUCAUCACCAAGCUUGAUGUGGCUUCGAUCUGCUCCGUUGCUGCCACGUGUUCUACGUUCAAGGACUGUGUUUCUCAGAUCCUCUCUUUUCUCUCCGUCUUCCAGAUUCUUGAUGUUGCACCGUCAAUGGAAAUUAUGAGGCCUUUGUUACCACCAAAUCCUUUUCUUAGGAGCCUAAAGGUUGAUUGUGGAAAGCUUGAUGAUUCAGCCAUUGAUUUUAUGCUUCGCCCUUCACUGCACGAGCUUUGUCUUUACAACUGCACAGAUUUUAGCGGGAAAUUGCUAUGUGAAAUUGGAUGCAAAUGCAAGGAUCUCAGGUCUCUGUGCUUGGGCUCAGUUGCUGAAAAACGGGGGCGAUCUAUUCAUAUUUCUGACUUGGAGGAGUUGCUCAAAAAUUGCACUCAGUUAGAAGCAUUGAUACUAAUGUUUGACAUCUCAAUAUUUCUUCGUCAUAAUUUUGCUCGAGUUUGGGCUUUAGCUUCAUCAAAACUCACAUCACUUGAGAUUGGCUACGUAUCUGCUGUUAUGGCGACUGAAUUGCUUAGCCCAAAUUUGGGACCUCGUCCAUCAACAAAUAAUAUCCAAGCACCCAUACUGCCAAGCAUUCAGAAAUUGUGCCUUCAAGUAGACUAUACUACUGAUACUAUGGUUAGUACAACAUCACAAGGUCUCAGCUCAUUAACAUAUUUGGAUCUUCGGGAUGCACCUCUCAUAGAACCAAGAAUUACAUUUAACCUCACCAACUGUGGCCUCCAGGAGCUUAAUCCACAUGGGAAAUUGAAACACCUCUCACUCAUAUGGAGCCAGGAAUUCAUCUUUACUUGCCCAUUUCAAACAUUCGCUUUGGUAAACAAGCCAAAAUGAGUUGAUUAGGUAGACCAACAAACUUAAUCCAUACCAGUUGAUAGCUCUUACUAUCAAUCUC